UCAAUAUAGAAAAUGAAAUUUUAACGAAGUGUGCGAAGAUGAACGACAGUUGUAAACCACAACAAAAUUGAUUCUCUCUACCCCUCCCUGGAAUGAAGCUUUUUUCGAGCACUUUCUGGGGUUUUCCCGAAGGUUCUGGAAGUCUCUGGAGGGAUCGUUUUAAAAUUAGCGGUGAUGGCUUUUUUGUGUUGUUAACGAUCUAUAAAAGGAGCUGCAAUGUUCACGGCAAGUCAGUUGAACGUUUCAGUAUUCGGAGAAACAAGACUUCACGCGACAAAUAAGAAGAAAAAGUGUUUAAUAUGUGGGACGAAAUGUUCAGUGAUCCCUGGUCCAGCAGAUUUCAGGCUUCUCAUAGUCCAUUCACUGGUUUCGGUGGAUUUUAUGCAGAAAGAGCACACCCCUUCUGGGGAAAUCCUGUUUAUUUUCCAUGUGACAAGCGACGAAAGGUUUCCCACCGGAAAAAAGCAAGAUCGGUAGACGACAGAACGGAGAAUCCAGUAUGUUAUCAUACCAGGGGAAAACCCUUGAAGAUAGAGCUUCACAAGAAACCGAAAGAGAAGACAAAUAAUAUAGAGGCAUUGGAGCCAAAUUUACCCCAAGACGCUGUUGAUAUUCCAGUCGAAUUUCUGCCGCCCGAAGAAGAAAAAGCUCCAAGUAGAAACAGGGAGCAAAGUUCUCGCGAUACAUUUAUCGACAAUUAUGCAGUGGAAAAACCCGAGGCAGUUCAGGAAAAUACUAUACGAAGUGCAGACCGGUCGGCUGACGAAGCAGAAAAUUUAGAUCUGAGUCAUGGAACUGACAAUGAAGUUGAAAGUGCGAAGGAAUCGAGACCGGUGGAAUCCGGAAAGCUUUCGGCUGUAGAGGAAGAGAAGUUAAAUGAAAUCAAGAUUCAGUUAACGAAAGCAAGGGAACUGAGACCAAGAGUUAAAGCUUUCGAAGGUUCGCGACGUGACAAGGAGUUUCUGUAUUUAGAUGAACACUUGACUCAAUGCAUUCUAAGCUUGGAUUUAAUCGAUACAGAUGGACUCGAAAAUGUAAAAGUGGCUCGGAGAGAGGCUGUUUCAGAGAUUUUGUCAGUCAUAAAUAAUUUAGAAUCCAAUGUACAGGAAUAGAUAC